AUUGAAUAAAUUAAUUUAACACACAAAUUACAACCAUGGCUAAGAUUAAAAAGAGAGGUGCUUCAGGUAAUGCUAAGAACUUCAUUACCAGAACUCAAGCAGUUAAGAAGUUGCAAGUUUCUUUAGCCGAUUUCCGUAGACUUUGUAUCUUUAAAGGUAUUUAUCCAAGAGAACCAAGAAAUAAGAAGAAAGCUAAUAAAGGAUCUACUGCGCCAGUAACAUUUUAUUAUUCAAAAGAUAUUCAAUAUUUAUUGCAUGAACCGGUCUUAGCUAAAUUCAGAGAACAUAAGACAUUUGCAAAGAAAUUACAAAGAGCUUUAGGUAGAGGAGAAGUUAGUGAUGCACAAAAAUUAGAACAAAAUCGUCCAAAAUAUACUUUAGAACAUAUAAUUAAGGAAAGAUAUCCUACCUUCUUAGAUGCUUUAAGAGAUCUUGAUGAUCCUUUAAAUAUGUUAUUUUUAUUUGCUAAUAUGCCAGCCACUGAUAAAGUUAGUCAUAAAGUUACUAAAGAAGCUGAAAAAUUAUGUAAUCAAUGGCUUGCUUAUGUAGCUAAAGAAAGAGUUCUUAAGAAAGUAUUUGUAUCUAUUAAAGGUGUUUAUUAUCAAGCCAAUGUUAAAGGUCAAGAAGUAAGGUGGUUAGUACCAUUUAAAUUCCCAACUAAUAUUCCAACUGAUGUAGAUUUCAGAAUUAUGUUAACCUUUUUAGAAUUUUAUUCUACUUUAUUGCAUUUUGUUUUAUUCAGAUUAUAUAAUGAUGCUAAUUUAAUUUAUCCACCAACAAUUGAUAUUGAAAAAUUGAAAGGUAUUGGAGGUAUUUCAUCUUAUGUUUUACAAUCUAAAGAACAAGGUGUUAAUGCAUUAUUACCAAGUGAAAAGAAGGAAGAAGAAUUAGAUAAUUCUGUUGAAGGAAAAGAAUUAACUACUGAAGAAAUUAGUAGAGCUAUUGAAGCUGAUGAAGAUCAAGGUGAAGAAGAACAAGAAGAUCAAGAUGAUGAAAAUGUAGAAGAAGCUGAUUUAGAUCAAUUUGAAAGUAAAAAUAAGACAACUGGUGAUUUAUUAGCUCAACCUUCUAAAUUUGCUUCACCAACUUCUACAUUAUUUUCUAAAUUUAUAUUCUUUGUUGGUCGUGAAGUUCCAUUAGAUAUUUUAGAAUUAUGUAUUGUUUCUAGUGGAGGAUCAAUUAUUUCCGAAAUUGCAUUGGAUGAUUUAAAGAUUAAUAAUCCAGAAGCUUUUAAAAAAUUGGAUUUAUCGAACAUUACCCAUCAAAUUAUAGAUAGACCAAAAUUAAAUCAAAAAGUUCCAGGUAGAACUUAUAUUCAACCACAAUGGGUAUUUGACUGCAUAAAUAAAAGUGAAUUAUUACCUGUUAAUGAUUACGCACCGGGUGAAACUUUGCCUCCACAUUUAUCUCCAUGGGGAGAUGCUGGUGGAUAUGAUCCAGAAGCUCAUAAAUCUAAUGGAGAAUCUGAAACUGGAGAAGUAGUGGAAGAAGAAGGUGAAGAGGAAGAAGAUGAUGAUGAUGAAGAAGGUGAAGAAGAUGAUGAUGAAGAAGAAGAGGAUGAAGAAAUUGAUGAAGAAGAAAGAGAAGAACUUGAAGCACAAAAGGAAUUAGAAAGAGAAGUUGCUGGUAUCAAAUAUUCCGACACUACUAGUGAAGAAACUGCUUCAGCCAAGAAAUCUAAAGGUAAGAAGAGAAGUGCUGAAGAUGAAGAAAAGGAAUUGAAGAAGAUUAUGAUGACCAACAAGCAACGUAAAUUAUAUAAGAAGAUGCAAUAUGGUAUUGAAAAGAAGGAAGCUAGACAAGAUGAAUUAGCUAAGAAGAGAAGAAAGAUUGAAAAGACUAAAGCUGAAUUAACCAAAUUAAACAAGAACAAGAAAUAGAAAUACAAAUAGGAAUAGGAAUACAAAUAGUUUAAAUCUUACCUAUGUAAAUUAGUACCAGUUGACAAUGUAUAUAUAGUUAAUACACUUUAAGUAAUACCU